AUGGGGAUUGCCGGGAACAUCCCGCAUUGCGGGCCAGGCUCUGCUGCUGUCAACGAGUUUAUUGACGCCUUCAACAAGGAUUAUGAGAAGGUGCACCUGGACUAUGAAAACAACUUCUGGAGCACAAAGAUGAAGCUGGCGGGGGCGUCGGCGGAUGAGCUGAGCCGCACCAAGACCGCGUACGACACCUUUCUGGCGGACCCUGAGCGCCUGGCGGCGGUGCGCAAGCAGCUGGCGGCAGAGGGGCUGACCCCUGACCAGCGCCACGUGCUGGAGAUCAUGGAGAAGACCUUCAAGACAUACAUCACCGAGGACCCCAGGGUGGAGGAGUACAAGGCGCAGAUCAACCAGCUGGAGGCGGAGCUGCAGCAGCGCCGCAACACCAUGGACCUGGGGUACACCGACCCGCAGGGCACGUUCCACAAGGGCUCCUCGGUGCAGCUGCGCAACACGAUGCGCACCAACGACGACGAGGCGCUGCGCAAGGCGGCGUACGAGGGGCUGCGCUCCAUCGGGCCCUUUGUGGCAGAGCACUUCGCCGAGAUUGUCAAGGUGCGAAACAGGCUGGCCAAGGCGGCCGGCUACCGAAACUUUUACGACAUGAAGCUGCAGCAGGCAGAGGGCUUCUCGCUGGAGGUGCUGUUUGAUGGGAUGCUGGACGGCCUGGAGCAGCAGACGCGGCCCAUCAUGGAAGCAGCGCGCAAGACGCUGGCGGAGCAGAAGGGCUCGGAUGCGCUGAAGCCAUGGAACAUUGGCUACAGCCUGGCAGGAGACGUGGAGAAGAAGCUGGACCCUUAUCUGCCCUUUGAAGAUGCCGUGGAUGUGUGGGCCCGCACGUUUGCUGCUCUGGGCAUCCGCUACCGAGGAGCCGAGAUGAACCUUGAUUUGUGUGAUCGCGACGCAAAAUACUCCAACGGCUUCUGCCACUGGCCCCAGCCCGCCUACAUUCGCAGCGACGGCAGCUGGGUGCCAUCCAAGACCAACUUCACGUCCCUGGCCACCCCCUCAGCUGUGGGCAGCGGCAAGACGGCUUUGGUCACGCUGCUGCACGAGGGUGGCCACGCGGCUCAUUUUGCCAAUGUGCUGCAGCGCAGCCCCUUCUUCAGCCAGGAGCGCGCUCCCACCUCUGUGGCCUACGCCGAGACCCAGUCGAUGACCCUGGACUCGCUGGCGGGCGACGCAGCCUGGAUGGGGCGCUACGCCCGCAACGCCGCGGGCGAGGUGGUGCCGCUUGACAUCAUUCUGGAGAAGAUCCGCUCCACGCAGCCGUAUGAGGUGUUCAUGGUGCGCUCGAUGCUGUCCGUGCCCUACUUUGAGCGUGCGCUGUAUGAUCUGCCUGAGGAGGAGGUGACCGCGGGGCGCAUCCUGGCGCUGGCAGAUGAGAUCGAGGAGAAGAUCGAGGGCGGGCCGGCGCCGCGCCCGCUCAUGAGCGUCCCGCACAUCCUGAGCGAUGAGUCGUCGGCCUACUACCACGGCUAUGUGCUUGCGGAGAUGGCGGUGCACCAGACGCGGGCGCACUUCAUGGCCAAGUACGGCCGCAUCGUGGAUGAGCCUGGGGUGGGGCGCGACAUGGCUGAGGUGUACUGGGCGCCAGGCAACGGGGAGGCAUUCCUGGACCUGGUGAACAAGCUGACGGGGGCGCCCCUGACCAGCGCCGCGUGGGUGAAGGAGCUGCAGACCCCGCUGAAGCAGAAGCUGGAGGAGGAGGAGAAGGAGUAUCGGGCGGCGGUGGCUGCGGGGCCCGCCAUCCCGCCCGGCCAGGAGGCCGACCUGGAGAUGCGCAUCCGCCUGGUGCACGGCGACGAGCUGGUGGCAGACACAGAUGCGGACGGCGGGCUGGCGGCCGCGUGUGCCAAGUACAAGGCGUGGAUCAGGGAGCGGUGGCCGCGGCAGUGA